AUGACUUCCAUCGGCACCGGUUACGAUCUUUCUAACUCAGUCUUCUCCCCAGAUGGCCGAAAUUUCCAGGUCGAAUAUGCUGUCAAAGCUGUCGAGAAUGGCGGAACCGCCGUAGGUAUUAGGUGCAAGGACGGUGUUGUCUUAGCUGUCGAGAAGAUCAUCACUAGCAAGCUUUUGAAGCCAGGCGCAAACAAGAGGAUAUCCACUGUGGACCGCCAUGUCGGCAUCGUUUCUGCUGGGUUAGCCCCUGAUGGCCGUCAUUUUGUUUCUCGUGCCCGCGAUGAAGCUGCCUCGUGGCGAGGUGUCUAUAAGGGCCCCAUUCCUAUUUCCGCUCUAGCAAACCGCCUUGGUAGCUACGUGCAAGCCUACACACUGUACUCUAGCGUGCGGCCAUUUGGCGUAACAUCUAUUGUCGGAGGUUGGGACUCUGAAGCUGAGCUCGCUGUGGACGGCCAAGUAGGGAGCGGUCCUCAAUCGGGCGCCGGUGGUAAGGUCAAGGGAGCAAAGUCUGGGGGGCCGGGCUUAUAUAUGAUCGAACCGAGUGGUUUAUACUGGGGCUACUACGGCGCUGCCACCGGCAAAGGAAGACAGGCGGCUAAAGCAGAGCUUGAAAAGCUGGACCUUGCCUCGGAGAGAAUUAGUCUGCAUGAUGCCGUGAAGGAGGCAGCUAGAAUUAUCUAUGUUGCUCAUGAGGACAACAAGGAUAAAGAGUUCGAACUGGAGAUGAGCUGGAUUAGUUCGCUAGAUGGACCAACAAAGGGCAGACACGAGGAGGUACCGAAAGAGCUUCUCGAGGAGGCAGAGCGAGCCGCCAAGCGGGCCUUGGAAGGAGAUGAUGAGGAAGACGAAGAGGGCGCAAAGGGGAGCGAGCGGAUGGAAGAGUGA